AUGGCGAGCGGGUACGACGUCCCCGAGGGGGUAGAGAUCAGGGGGAGAUACGACGGUGAGUUCGCCGGAAUCCUCACCCGGGAGGCGCUGCAGUUCGUCGCCGACCUGCAGCGCGAGUUCCGCGGGCGGGUUCGCUACGCCAUGGACCGCCGGCGGGAGGCGCAGAAGAGCUACGACGCCGGCGGGAGCAUCGGGUUCGACCCGGCGACGAGGCGCGUGAGGGAGAGCGACUGGGUCUGCGCGCCGGUGCCGCCUCCGGUGGCCGACAGGACGGUGGAGAUCACUGGGCCCGUCGAGCGGAAGAUGAUCAUCAACGCGCUCAACUCCGGCGCGAAGGUCUUCAUGGUAAGCGAAGCCCGGCAGCGGCGGUGGCGCCGCCGGCGUGAGGCGGAGGGGUGGGAUGGGAUGUGACGGUGGGGGCUGGUGGUGGUGUUGUUUUUUGCAGGCGGACUUUGAGGACGCGCUGUCGCCGACAUGGGAGAACCUGAUGAGGGGGCAGGUGAACUUACGGGACGCCGUGAAUGGGACCAUAAGCUUCAGAGACGAGGGAAGAAAGAGGGUGUACGAGUUGAAGGCGGAGACGGCCAAGCUCUUCGUGCGACCUCGCGGAUGGCAUCUCCCGGAGGCCCACGUCCUCAUCGACGGCGAGCCCGCCAUUGCCUGCCUCCUCGACUUCGGCCUCUACUUCUUCCACAACCACGCCGCGUUCCGCGCCAGCCACGGCGCCGGCUUCGGGCCCUUCUUCUACCUCCCCAAGAUGGAGCACUCCAGGUCUCUCUCUCUCUCCAAAGGUCUCUCUGUAUCUCCCUCCACAACGUUCCUUCUUUGUCUCCGGCUUCUUCUCGAGUAUCUCUCUCCUUCCCUUUCCACUCUCCCUCUCUCUCUCUCUCUCUCUCUCUCUCUCGCUAAUACUAGUAGUGGGCAGGGAGGCGAAGAUAUGGGACGACGUGUUCAACAGGGCGGAGAAGUUCGCCGGGAUCGAGAAGGGAAGCAUAAGGGCGACGGUGCUGAUAGAGACGCUCCCCGCGGCGUUCCAGAUGGACGAGAUCCUCUACGAGCUGCGAGACCACUCCCUGGGCCUCAACUGCGGUCGAUGGGACUACAUCUUCAGCUACGUCAAGACCUUCCGCUCCCACCCCUCCCGCCUUCUCCCCGACCGCGUCCUAGUCUCCAUGUCCCAGCACUUCAUGAGGAGCUACUCCGACCUCCUCAUCUUCACUUGCCACCGCCGCGGCGUCCACGCUAUGGGCGGCAUGGCCGCACAGAUCCCGAUCAGGGACGACGCGGCGGCGAAUGAGGCGGCGCUGCAGCUCGUGCGCAGCGACAAGGCGAGGGAGGUCCGGGCGGGGCACGACGGCACCUGGGCGGCGCACCCCGGGCUGAUCCCCGCCAUCGCGCAAGCCUUCGACAUGGGCGGCCGGCCCAACCAGAUUGCCACGGCGAAGAGGGAGGACGCCGCGGCGCUCACGGCGGAGGAUCUGCUGCAGCCGCCGCGGGGCAAGCGGACGAUGGAGGGGCUGCGGCUGAAUACCCGCGUGGGGAUACAGUACCUGGCGGCGUGGCUUGCCGGCACGGGGUCGGUGCCGCUGUACAACCUCAUGGAGGACGCCGCCACGGCGGAGAUCAGCCGGGUGCAGAACUGGCAGUGGCUGCGGCACGGGGCGGCCCUGGACGGGGAGGCGGUGGCGGUGAGGGUCACGCCGGAGCUCUUCGCCCGGGUGGUGGAGGAGGAGCUGGCCAGGAUCGAGAGGGAGGUGGGGGCGGAGAGGUUCGCCAGAGGUAGAUACGCCGAGGCCUGCCGGAUCUUCACGAGGCAGUGCACCGCUACGGAGCUGGACGAGUUCCUCACGCUGGACGCUUACGGUCAGAUCGUCGUCCUCCACCCUAAGAGCGCCCUCUAG